AUGACUGGUAUCAUCGUGAAUGGCAACGACACUACGACUUACAAGUAUCAUGUCGAUGGUACCAAAGCACAAAAGGUGGCCAUCAACCGUGUCGCUGAGGAGUUUGAGGUUUCUCGUGAACGCCUUGAGACCAUUAUCCAACAAUUUGUUGCCGAGAUGAAGAAGGGAUUAAAUCAUGAAGGUGCUACGGUCCCCAUGAUUCCUAGCUUUGUUACAGGUCGUCCAACAGGUCAAGAGAGAGGAAAGUACCUUGCUUUGGAUUUGGGUGGCACCAACUUGCGUGUGUGUCUUGUUGAGCUCAAGGGCGAUGGCGAGUAUAGCAUUGAGCAAGAAAAGUUCAAGGUGGAUGAUAGCUAUAAAACGGGUGAAAUGACAGACCUGUGCGAUUUUAUUGCGGGGUGUGUGGAGUCAUUUGUCAAGGACAAGAUCCAAGAUACGCCUGGGGAAGAUUUGCAAAUGGGUUUCACCUUCUCGUUCCCUGUAUUGCAAACAGCAAUCAAUCGUGGUGUGCUCAAGCAAUGGACCAAAGGCUUUUCUUGCAAGAAUGCUGUGGACAAGGAUGUCACUAUUUUGCUUCAAGAUGCUCUUCGGAAACGUGGUGUACCCGUUAACAUUGCAGCACUCGUCAAUGAUACUGUGGGCACCCUCAUGGCUUAUGCUUAUCGACAUCCCGAAACCACUAUGGGUGUCAUCAUGGGUACAGGCACCAAUGCAGCUUAUUACGAAAACAUCAACAAUAUUGGCAAAUGGAAAGGACCUGCUGGUACAGGUGAAAUGGUUGUCAAUAUGGAAUGGGGAGCUUUUGACUGCGAACGUGUGGUGUUGCCAUUGACACCCUAUGACAACAAGGUGGAUCGUGAAUCUCGCAACGUGCAUCAACAGCUUUAUGAAAAGAUGAUCUCUGGCAUGUACUUGGGAGAAAUUGCUCGCAAUACCAUCCUUUCCUUGGUUGACAACCUUUUGCUUUUUAAUGGUGAAUCAUCCUCUUUGCUCAACACUCAAUGGGGUUUUGAAACGGCCUUUGUCACUGCUAUUGAAAGCGAUUUGACGGAAGACUUGCGCCAUAUCAAGGAGAUUCUUGAAAAGACCGUUGGUAUCCCAUCCACUACAUUGGCUGAUCGACAAAUGGUCAAGUUGAUUUGCGACUUUGUGGGUCGUCGUGCAUCACGUUUAGCAGCCUGUGGCCUUGCCAGCGUCUUGUCCCACUGUGGCUACCUUGAAAACUUGCAACAAAAAUGCGUUGUUGCUGUGGAUGGCUCCUUGUUUGAAAAGUAUCCCAACUUUGAAUCCAACAUUGUUGAGGCCUUGAAGGAAUUGUAUGGAUCAGACACUGUGGAUAAGAUCAAGUUGUCUCAUGCUAAGGAUGGUUCUGGUCUUGGUGCUGCCAUUAUUGCCAUGGUUGCUCACAAGAAUGCUUGUGAUAUGAAUUAA